CGCACCACACGAUGGCGGCAGAGGACAGUAACAACCUUUGCGGCACUCACCAAGUUACAGCAAGUAGAGCUCUUGGGGUUUCCUGGCCUACACAGCAGGGAUGGGAAUUCUCAGCAAACCUCUGAGAGGCUACUUCGGAGGAAAGGGGGACCCAGACUCUUUUCUCAACAGGUGAUUGGCUCAGAGAGGGGAGGAGAUCCUCUAGGCUGGGUGAAGGAGAGAGAAAAGGACAGUGCCAUUCCCAGCUUCUCCUCGGCAAUGGCUCUGCCUCUUAAGGUCCUGAGUCGGGGCUUGGCCAGCGCAGCCAAAGGAGACCAUGGAGGGGCGGGAGCCAACACCUGGCGCUUCCUGACCUUCGUGCUAGCACUGCCCAGCGUGGCCCUCUGCACCCUCAACUGCUGGAUGCAUGCUGGCCACCACCAGCGCCAAGAGUUCAUUCCUUACCACCACCUCCGCAUCCGCACCAAGCCCUUCUCCUGGGGGGAUGGCAACCACACACUUUUCCACAAUCCCCAUGUCAAUCCUUUGCCCACGGGCUAUGAGCACCCUUGAAGUCCCAGCAGACACACUCGUUCACACUCUCCAAAUUGACCUUCUGCGUCCCGGCUACGAGAGCCCCUGAAGUCCAGUGGACAGUCCUAAGUGCAAUAAAGGUGUGGAACUUC